CGCUGCCUUAGCCUUGCAUGCCCACUGUCACCAUCGCCUUCGCUCUUCUCGGCAUCCUCCUCGUCUCAUCGGUCGUUCUACGCGUCUUCGUCUUCCAGCCGCCGUCAGUCCAACAACGCAGGGUCAGACUGCCGCAGCGCAUCACCGACUUGGCUGCACUCUGCGUCCAGGCGUACAACGCACCUCGGCUCGAUCAGAUUGGCCUCGUCAUUGGGCCGUGGCAGCUGCUUGACAUCGCCGACGAGGGCGCCAUCUGGAUCUGGGCCGAUCUCGAGCAGGCAGCCUCGUACGCCGUCGUCUUCCGCGGCACCGCACAUCUCCUCGACCUGCGUGCGUGCUUCUGGCUGCUGCGAGCCUCAGUCUCCGGCGGCGCUGUCGACGCAUGGGCCGCUCGCGCCGACUCUAUCCUCGUGAGCGUCAAGGCGGCUUUCGAAAGGCAUGGCAUCGAUCCGUCGCAGCACCGCAUUGGCUGUGCAGGCCACUCGCUAGGCGCGUCCGAUGCCGAGUGGGUGCACCACUGCCUUCGCAGCGAGCGAAGCGAGCGAGGCGAGCGCGGCCCGCUGCAUGAUGCGGCCACGUUCGACUCGCCGGGCCAUCCCGCCGAGUUCCGGCGCCAGCGGGGCAUGCCCGAGACGAGCGCUGGUUCGAGUACGGUCAUGGCUCCGUCCAACCUCAUCAACGCGCUCAACGUGCCGACGGCCGAGACGCUCUACACAUGCGGGCGCGGCAGCCGCAUCCCACUCGACGCCAUCGUCGCUCUCGGGCGGUCGCUCGUCCGCGGCGGCGAGGCCGUUGUCGCUUUGUGCUGCGAUCCUGCUGCGGCAUUCGAGCAGCAUCGCAUGCGCUGGAUCAUCGAGGCCAUCGCUGCAGGAGAUAUCACCGCCUCAAGCCGCGAGCUGUGGGCGCAGAGUACGUGGUCUGCGUUCGCCGCAACUAAGUGGGCAUCCCUCUCGACACUCUCGUCGACUGUUCGCUCCCUGCCCAGGCUUCUCUCCGGCCUGCUGUUCUGUUGGAUCGACGCUGGACCUGCCGAGCCUGCGGCAGAGCCGAAUCCGCGCGAACGGGACGCUCCGCCGCCGGCGCCUCAACAUCCGCCGGC